ACUUAGGCAGUGGUGGAUUGGAUAGCUUAUUUUAUUUGUUGUUUUGUAAAGCUUCUCAAUCACUUGCGAAAUAAGUUGAAGCAAAGUUGGAUUUUUUCAGCUUGUUUGUUUAGAAGAUAACUUCCCCGAGAAUGUCUUCAUUUGAGGAACACAUAUAUCUACUUGAUUCCUUCUGUUGUUAACAUUUUCUUAACGACAUUUACCUAAGAAGUUUAUGAACACAUUCAAGUUUCAAUCUCAACAACAAUGGUUUACUAUGAUCAUCACAAAGAAACAACCCAUUCAAGUUUCAAUCUCAACAACAAUAAGAGUUCCGAUCCCCGUGCAACCCAUGCACAAGUCAUAAAAUCCAACGUAACAAAAAACAUUGCAGUAUUCAACAACCUCAUAACACACUACUUCAAAUCCAACCUCUCAUCCUACGCAUACACCUUGUUCCAUCAAAUCCCUUCUCCCAACGUUGUAACAUGGACUGCACUCAUCACUGCAAAUUCCAACACCCUUCUCUCCCUCAACCAUUUCCUCUCCAUGCUUCGUCAUUCUACUCUCCCUACCCACCGCACAAUUACCUCCCUUUUUGCUACCUGCGCCUCCCUCUCUUCCCUUUCCUUUGGUCUCUCACUUCACUCUCUCACCCUCAAACUCGCUCUCUCUCACCACCCUUUUUCCGCAUCAUCUCUCGUCACGUUUUACUCUAAAUGUAAACUUCCCAGCCAUGCACUCAAAGUGUUUGAUGAAACUCCCCACAGAGAUAAUUUUUCUUAUUCUGCUAUUAUUGUUGCUCUUGCUAAGAACUUUUGUUAUUCAGACGCUCUUAUGCUCUUUGCUGAUAUGAGGUUUCAGGGUUUUGAUUCUACUGAACAUAGUGUUUCCGGUGGUUUACGGGCUGCUGCUCAGCUUGCUGCAUUGGAGCAGUGUAGGAUUAUUCAUGGACAUGCUGUUGUUGUUGGUCUUGAUUCAAAUGUUGUGGUUGCUACUUCUCUUGUUGAUGGGUAUGGUAAAACGGGUCUUGUUAACGAUGCAAGACGGGUUUUUGAGGAUAAUUUGUAUUGUAUGAAUGUUGUGGGUUGGAAUGCAAUGAUGGCUGGUUAUGCAACACAAGGGGAUUGUGAAUCUACUCUUGAACUGUUUCAUUCUAUGGAAGCUUGUGGGUUUGUGCCUGAUGAGUAUAGUUUUUUGGCGAUUCUAACGUCAUUGUAUAAUGCUGGGAUGUUUUUGCAGAUUGAUGUGUGGUUGAAUAGGAUGAAAGUGGAUUAUGGUUUGGAACCCGCACUUGAGCAUUAUACAUGUUUGGUGGGUGGAAUGGCUCGAGCUGGGCAAUUGGAGAAGGCGGAGAGGAUAGCAAUGACAAUGCCUUUUGAGCCAGAUGCAGCGGUUUGGCGAGCUUUGCUAUCUGCUUGUGCAGACCACGGUGCAGUUGAUAAAGCUAGGGUUAUGGCUAAGAGGUUAUUGGAACUAGAGCCUCACGAUGAUUCUGCUUUUGUUAUUGUUGCUAAUGUGUUGUCGGCUGCUGGAAGGUGGGAUGAUGUUGCGGAGUUGAGGAAGUUGAUGAAAGAUAAGAGGGUGCAGAAGAAAGGAGGAAGGAGUUGGAUUGAGGUGCAGGGGAAAGUUCAUGUUUUUGUAGCAGGGGAUUGGAGGCAUGAGAGGUCAUUGGAGAUUUAUCAGAAGUUGGCUGAACUGAUGGGGGAAAUCGAGAAAUUAGGAUAUGUUCCUGUUUGGUCUGAGUUGUUGCAUAAUGUUGGGGAAGAAAAGAGAAAGGAAGCUCUUUGGUAUCACAGUGAGAAGUUAGCGGUUGCUUUUGGAGUGCUGUGUGGAUCUGUCCCACUGGGUAAGCCACUAAGGAUUGUAAAGAAUUUGAGGAUUUGUAAAGAUUGUCACGAGGCUUUUAAGUAUAUGACUAGAGUUUUAGAAAGGGAAAUUAUUGUCAGGGACGUCAACAGAUACCACAGAUUUGUUAACGGUGAUUGUACUUGUAGAGACAUAUGGUAGCAUAGACUAAUGACGGUAAACAUGUUUGAAGCUCGUUUCCCAUGACCAAUAGUGCUGGUGAAACAGAACUAUGUUUUCCUCAUAAUUGAGAUGCAGAUAAGGAGGACAGGCGGCAGGUUUACACUCAAACUGCCGGAGGACUGAUGCUUGCACAACAAUCUCAAUACGAUAAGUUCUCAUCACUUGAAAGACUGCAUUAUGCAUUCAUCAAAUUCAGAAGGAUAUUAGGGAGUGUGCAGUGGAGAAGGGUUACAUGUUGUUGGAUACAAAAAGGAAUUACUUAGAAUUUAACAGAUGCGCAAAGGUUGAUAUAUAAGACUGGCAAAGUGUUUAUUAAAGGAGCAAGAUGUAGAUUUUUACGAGAGAAAAAUAGUGUAAUUCUAUAAUGUAACUUUCUCUACUAUAUAUCACAUAAGAAGGGAAGAAAGUGUAUAUUCUAAUCUAAUAUAAAAGUAAUAAGAGUAGCGAGUAAGGUAAUUUAAGCUUAAUUUAAAUGAAGGGAAUGGUAUUUAUUCAGUAAAUUUGUGUGCAUUUUAAUGAAAGUCAUAUGUCAAAAAAAGAGAAAGGCAUAAGAAUUAUUGGAUAAAUAAAUCACUCUCGUUAGUUGCAGGUAAAGAAUAGGAAUGCACAUAGUCGAACUAGACUUUGUAAGGUCCAAAUAUGAUCUUGUGAAAAAAUUCAAAAUUUAGGUUGAUAAUUAUUCCCUCUAAUCUUUAAAUA